GUCCUCACGAGCCUCACAUCGCCCUCCCCUCCCCUGCGGUUAUAUCUCUAAUACAAAUAAUAAAACAUGGAUCACGGACGAGACCCCUGCCCCUAUGUCAUUCUCAAUGACUUUGGCGGUGCUUUCUGCAUGGGUGCCAUCGGUGGUACUAUCUGGCACGGUAUCAAGGGUUUCCGCAACUCUCCCUACGGCGAGCGACGCAUUGGCGCCAUCACAGCCAUUAAGAUGCGCGCUCCAGUUCUAGGUGGUAACUUCGGUGUUUGGGGUGGUCUUUUCUCGACAUUCGACUGCGCCGUUAAGGGCGUGCGCCAGAAGGAGGACCCUUACAACGCCAUCAUUGCCGGCUUCUUCACCGGCGGUUCUCUCGCCAUUCGAGGUGGUUACAAGGCUGCACGGAACGGUGCCAUCGGUUGUGCCGUUCUUCUCGCCGUCAUCGAGGGUGUCGGUAUCGGUUUCUCCAAAAUGCUUGCCGGCAGCACUAAGCUAGAAGCUCCUCAGCCUCCUCCCCAGGAAGCCACUCUGUGAACCAAGUUUUGACGAAAUGAACCAUCACGAUCGAUCAACGGUGAUACAACGAAACAAUCUUCGACUCCCCCACUCUCAACUCCACCAUCACGACCAUCACACAACAAUUAUGCGGGCCAAGCUCUUCAAGAGCUGGGCCUCUUGUAUUUCAUUACCACCACGAACAACGACUGGCUGACAUUUAAUUGCUUCAAUUCGCAUCGGGCCGGCGUUCCAUGUAUAAUAGAGUAAGACAUUGGGAGGGGUUAUCGGAAGGCGGAUUCUGGCUUAGCGAUGGAGUUGCCAUACUUCUUGCGACUAUGGACUGAUCAUUUCUGAACAAGGGGAAAGAGAGAGAGAGAGAGAUAGAGAGCGCGCUGUGUACGAUUUCCCAAUGAGACGGAGGGGAGUUUUAGGGGUGCGCAUAGGAUCAGCAGGUUCAAAAAGGCGAAGGGGAGACGGAAAACCUCCUACUGCUGAGCUAUUUAUGCUCUGAUUUACCGCGGGUUGGGUACAGAACGAAUAUAAAUGACAUUCCCUGUUCCACUCUAUCUAUGCUCACUUUACGUUGCCUCCGUCUGCUAACCUAUGGCUCAUUGCUAAAUAUACUCACCUGAGGCUUUCCCUUGCCAUCGAUCCACGCACGAAACAUACCGCCACAGUUCAAGUCCAUCAGAAUAUCAGAUCGAGUCUCGACUAUGUGGCCGCUAGCAUCGCGAACCACAACGCUUUCGAUACCGAUGAUACCACCUUGGCCCUCUCCCGUCCGCUGCCAUCUAUCCCCUGCGUUCCUCUGUAACUCCCCACCUCGACCUGCAACACGGGAUACAGCCUUUGCUCCCGAUUCUGGCCUCCAUCUUGCGAUAGCUGCAACUGUUCGCAGAGCAUUUGUUCUCAGGAACGAGUCGCCGUUGCCAGUACCAGACCCCCCAAAGGACCUCGUACUGUAUGUAUCUGCACCGAAAGGAGUGUACAUAGCGGGAGUAGGCAGGAAAUCUGUCAACGCCCCUCUGAAGGCAUUGCCGAGUAUGAGGCAUGGGCCUGACUGACUCACACUAUCUUUCAAGCGGUCCCACGUCGAUGGCCCUGUCGGAUCACCAUCUUCAGUCCAUUCCUCAGCCCAGAAACCCGCCCCAAUGGUAGGUGUAUCACCAAUACGCCCGGUCAGCUUGUUUGUAAGGCCUCCUGUACUUGUCGCAGCGCAGAUGACACCAUCCUGGUCAAGGGCAACAGCUCCGCAAGUACCCUGAGAGACAUACUCAUCUACGCUCCACGUUGCUUGGCCAUGGCCUGUCUGCUCUCUCUCCAGUCCUCGGAUAUGCUCAUCCCAGCGAUGUUGAGUGUAAAAAUAACUCUGGUCGACCAACUCCAACCCAUAUUGUCCCGCCAGCUGUUCUGCUGCUUCGCCAUGAAGCUGUACAUGACCUUGUGCAGACGGGAUUUUCAAUCUGCCGGAGCUGAUAUCCUGAGGUCGUGGUUCGAGAUCGUCUUCCCCAUGCUCAAGC